AUGUUCCAACAGUUUUAUCUCUGGAAAUUGUUAGCUUCAGGGAUUAUCUUUUGCUGUCUCUUCACAGUCUGCUUGGGCCAAUAUGAUGAUGACUGGCAAUAUGAGGAUUGCAAACUAGCUAGGGGGGGACCACCAGCCACCAUAGUUGCCAUUGAUGAAGAGAGUCGGAAUGGUACUAUUCUGGUGGAUAACAUGCUGAUCAAGGGGACUGCUGGAGGACCAGACCCAACCAUAGAACUCUCUUUAAAGGACAACAUGGAUUACUGGGUAUUGUUGGAUCCUGUUAAACAAAUGCUUUUCCUGAACAGCACGGGCAGAGUUCUGGAUAGAGAUCCACCAAUGAACAUACACUCCAUCGUGGUACAAGUUCAGUGCAUCAACAAAAAAGUGGGUACUGUUAUCUACCAUGAAGUUCGAAUCGUGGUGAGAGACAGAAAUGACAACUCACCCACAUUCAAGCAUGAAAACUACUACGCCACAGUGAAUGAGCUCACUCCAGUUGGCACCACAGUAUUUACAGGAUUUUCAGGAGACAAUGGAGCUACAGACAUAGAUGAUGGCCCAAAUGGACAGAUAGAAUAUGUUAUUCAAUAUAAUCCAGAUGAUCCGACAUCCAAUGACACCUUUGAAAUUCCCCUUAUGUUGACCGGAAAUGUAGUGUUAAGGAAGAGGCUCAACUACGAAGACAAGACUCGCUACUUUGUUAUCAUCCAAGCUAAUGACCGUGCACAAAACCUGAAUGAACGGCGAACCACUACCACCACCCUCACAGUGGAUGUUCUAGAUGGAGAUGACCUGGGUCCAGUGUUUCUUCCUUGUGUCCUUGUGCCAAACACUCAUGACUGUCGCCCACUCACCUAUCAAGCUGCCAUACCUGAGUUGAGAACUCCGGAAGAAUUGAACCCCAUCAUUGUUACCCCAGCGAUCCAAGCCAUUGAUCAGGACCGGAAUAUUCAGCCACCAUCAGAUAGGCCAGGCAUCCUCUAUUCCAUCCUUGUUGGGACUCCUGAGGAUUAUCCACGAUUUUUUCAUAUGCAUCCCAGGACUGCAGAACUUAGUCUCCUGGAGCCAGUAAAUAGAGACUUUCACCAGAAGUUUGAUUUGGUUAUUAAGGCUGAACAGGACAAUGGUCAUCCUCUUCCUGCUUUUGCCAGUCUGCAUAUUGAAAUACUGGAUGAAAACAAUCAGAGCCCAUAUUUCACAAUGCCCAGUUAUCAAGGCUAUAUUCUGGAAUCUGCCCCAGUUGGAGCAACUAUUUCUGACAGUGUGAAUUUGACCACCCCUCUAAGAAUUGUAGCUCUGGACAAGGAUAUAGAAGAUAUGAAAGACCCAGAGCUUCACCUUUUUCUGAAUGAUUAUACUUCAGUCUUCACUGUCACGCAGACUGGAAUCACUCGCUACCUCACCUUACUUCAACCAGUGGACAGGGAAGAACAGCAAACUUACACCUUUUCGAUAACGGCAUUUGAUGGUGUUCAAGAAAGUGAGCCAAUUAUUGUCAAUAUUCGGGUGAUGGAUGCAAACGAUAACACUCCAACCUUCCCUGAAAUAUCCUAUGAUGUCUAUGUUUAUACAGAUAUGAACCCUGGGGACAGUGUCAUACAGCUCACUGCAGUCGACGCAGACGAAGGGUCAAACGGGGAGAUCACAUAUGAAAUACUGGUUGGGGCUCAGGGAGACUUCAUCAUCAAUAAAACAACAGGGCUUAUCACCAUCGCUCCGGGGGUGGAAUUGAUAGUUGGGCAGACUUAUGCGCUCACCGUCCAAGCAGCGGAUAAUGCUCCUCCAGCAGAGAGAAGGCACUCCAUCUGCACUGUAUACAUUGAAGUGCUUCCUCCAAAUAAUCAAAGCCCUCCUCGCUUCCCACAGCUGAUGUAUAGCCUUGAAAUCAGUGAGGCCAUGAGGAUCGGCGCUGUUUUAUUAAAUCUACAGGCAACUGAUCGAGAGGGAGAUCCGAUAACAUAUGCCAUUGAGAAUGGAGAUCCACAGCGAGUUUUUAAUCUUUCAGAAACUACUGGGAUUCUAACCUUAGGGAAAGCACUGGACAGGGAAAGCACUGAUCGCUACAUUCUGAUCGUCACUGCUUCUGAUGGCAGGCCAGAUGGGACCUCAACUGCCACGGUAAAUGUGGUGGUGACAGAUGUCAAUGACAAUGCUCCGGUGUUUGAUCCCUAUCUGCUCAGAAAUCUAUCAGUGGUGGAAGAAGAAGCCAAUGCGUUUGUGGGUCAAGUAAGGGCAACAGACCCUGAUGCUGGAAUAAAUGGCCAAGUACACUACAGUUUGGGUAACUUCAAUAAUCUUUUUCGUAUCACAUCCAAUGGGAGCAUUUACACAGCAGUGAAGCUUAACAGAGAAGUGAGGGACUACUAUGAACUUGUUGUUGUGGCAACUGAUGGAGCGGUACACCCUCGUCAUUCAACUCUAACACUGGCCAUCAAGGUUUUGGAUAUUGAUGAUAAUAGUCCUGUGUUCACCAAUUCAACAUAUACUGUCAUCGUUGAAGAGAAUCUGCCAGCCGGGACCACUUUCCUUCAAAUAGAGGCCAAAGAUGUUGACCUCGGAGCAAAUGUAUCUUAUCGGAUAAGAAGUCCGGAAGUGAAGCACUUUUUUGCACUACAUCCAUUUACAGGAGAACUCUCCCUUUUAAGGAGUUUGGACUAUGAGGCAUUUCCAGACCAGGAAGCAACUAUCACUUUUCUAGUGGAGGCCUUUGAUAUUUAUGGAACAAUGCCACCUGGUAUUGCUACUGUCACAGUGAUAGUAAAGGAUAUGAAUGAUUAUCCUCCAGUAUUUAGUAAACAGAUCUACAAAGGGAUGGUGGCUCCAGAUGCCGUCAAGGGUACACCUAUCACGACCGUUUAUGCUGAAGAUGCAGACCCUCCUGGAUUACCUGCAAGUCGUGUGAGAUAUAGAGUAGAUGAUGUCCAGUUUCCUUAUCCGGCCAGUAUUUUUGAUGUAGAAGAAGAUUCUGGAAGAGUAAGAACUCGAGUUAAUCUUAAUGAAGAACCUACAACAAUUUUUAAGUUGGUGGUUGUUGCUUUUGACGAUGGUGAGCCUGUGAUGUCCAGCAGUGCCACUGUGAAAAUUCUUGUCUUACAUCCUGGAGAAAUCCCACGCUUCACACAAGAGGAAUACAGACCGCCUCCAGUAAGUGAACUUGCAACCAGAGGGACUAUGGUUGGUGUAAUUUCUGCUGCAGCCAUCAAUCAGAGUAUUGUGUACUCCGUUGUUGCAGGAAAUGAAGAGGAUAAGUUUGGAAUUAAUAACAUCACGGGUGUAAUCUAUGUGAAUGCCCCUCUGGAUUAUGAGACAAGGACAAGCUAUGUACUUCGAGUCCAAGCUGAUUCCCUGGAAGUGGUCCUCGCCAACCUACGUGUUCCUUCAAAAAGCAAUACAGCUAAAGUGUAUAUUGAGAUUCAGGAUGAAAAUGAUCAUCCCCCAGUGUUUCAGAAAAAAUUCUACAUUGGAGGUGUAUCUGAAGAUGCAAGAAUGUUUGCUUCUGUGCUCAGAGUUAAGGCUACUGAUAAAGAUACCGGCAAUUAUAGUGCCAUGGCAUACAGACUCAUAAUACCACCAAUUAAAGAGGGAAAAGAAGGAUUUGUGGUGGAAACAUACACAGGGCUUAUCAAAACGGCUAUGCUCUUCCAUAAUAUGAGGAGGUCUUACUUCAAGUUUCAAGUCAUUGCAACUGACGACUAUGGCAAGGGCCUAAGUGGCAAAGCAGAUGUUCUUGUCUCUGUGGUCAAUCAACUGGAUAUGCAAGUCAUUGUUUCUAAUGUACCCCCUACUCUAGUGGAAAAAAAGAUAGAAGAUCUUACAGAGAUUUUGGAUCGCUAUGUUCAGGAGCAAAUUCCUGGUGCCAAGGUUGUGGUAGAGUCCAUUGGAGCUCGCCGGCAUGGCGAUGCCUUUUCUCUAGAAGAUUACACAAAGUGUGACUUGACUGUCUAUGCAAUCGACCCCCAAACCAACAGAGCCAUCGACAGAAAUGAGCUUUUUAAAUUUUUAGAUGGCAAACUCCUCGAUAUCAAUAAAGACUUUCAGCCGUAUUAUGGGGAAGGAGGACGCAUUCUGGAGAUCCGGACUCCAGAGGCAGUAACCAGCAUUAAGAAGCGAGGAGAAAGUCUAGGCUACACAGAAGGGGCCUUGCUGGCUCUGGCCUUCAUCAUCAUCCUCUGCUGUAUUCCUGCCAUCUUGGUGGUUUUGGUCAGCUACAGACAGUUUAAAGUACGCCAAGCUGAGUGCACCAAGACAGCCCGAAUCCAAUCCGCCUUACCUGCAGCGAAACCCGCAGCGCCUGCCCCUGCACCAGUGGCCAUGCCCCCGCCACCUCCGCCGCCUCCGGGGGCGCAUCUCUAUGAAGAACUGGGGGACAGCACGAUGCAUAAUCUUUUCCUUCUCUACCAUUUCCAACAAAGCAGGGAAAAUAAAUCAGUCUCAGAAGACAGGAAACAUCAGCACUUUUCUUCCAAUACUGUUGAGGCUCACAAGCAGACUCAUGUAGAUGGAUCUGUUAAGAACAGCUGGCCCGAGUCGGCAAGAGAAUUCACACUGAUGUCUGAUGACGACGACUUAAAUACCCACAGUACCAUUUACAAGGAAUAUACAGAUCAAAGACCAACAAAUUCGGACUUUUUACUAAGAACAGAUUUUGUAGAGCCAUUUUUACCCAAAAUGCAAGCCAAGAAUGAGUUUCUGAGGGGCUCAAGAGAAAAGAUUCAGAGGAUGUGGAAUCGGCCAAUCUGCUUACCUAGGAGACCAAUGUGGGAACUUCCCAAUAGGUCAGAAACCAUAGCUCUAAAGCAAAGGCAAAGCAACAGGCAGGAAGCUGAAAAUGAAAGUACUGGAACCAAUCCAAACAAAAGAGGUAACAAUAGACCCUUGCUUACAGCUGAAGGCACAAAUGUAACAGAAAAAGAGGAAAUAAGGCAAAGUGAAUCACUGAUUAUACAAGGAACAGAACAGUUGCAAUCUCUGUCUUCAGACUCUUCACUUUCCUCUCCUUGGUCUCACUCCUCAUUCUCCACUUUGCCAACCGUUUCAAGACCUGUGGAACUCAUAUCAGAACCUAAUGUUGUUGUUUCUCCUGCUGUCUCUUCCUUGGAACUUUCUCCGUCAAUGCCUUGCAUUUUAAGUUCUGCACUCCUUAGCAGAGAGGCAUCCACUUGUAUGAUGACUUUUGAAACCAAAAGGGCCAUUUUCGAAAACCUUCCCCAUCCACUAAAAAUCUCUCCUCCUCCUCCUCCUCCUCCUCCUCCUCCUCCUCCUCCUCCUCCUCCUGUGCCUCUUAUCCUUACUCCUUUUGCUCUUUCCAGUCUUCCUCCUUCCCCUCCUUCUAUUCUUCCUCCUCCUCCACUUCUUACACUAUCUGGUCCCCCUCCUCCUUCCUCUACUUCUCCUCCACCUUCGCUUUCCUCUCUUCCUCCACCAUCUCCUCCUCUUCCUUCUUCACUGCCUCCUUCGACUUCAGUUCCAUCCACGAAGUGUGUGUUUACACCAGCUAUUAAACACACUGUCAGUGUGACACCAGCCAAGGAAAUGAAGUCCACUGUGAUACAGCUGUCAACAUCAACAACAGUGUGUAAUGCAAAUCCUCAAAGGGAACCAAAAGGCAUCCUCAAGCAUAUAAAAAACUUAGCAGAACUUGAAAAGUCAGUAGCUAACAUGUACAGUCAAAUAGAAAAAAAUAAUCCACAAGCACACCUCUUAAAACUUCAAAUGAGUUGCCCUUCAGAGACAACAAAUAUGGAAAUGACAUCUGAACAAAACCAGGAGAAUUUGCACAAUAUUGUUGAGGGAAUUGAAAAACAAACUCACAGUCAGUCUACUUCACUGUAA